GUCGCCCGUCGCACACAGCACAGUCCACAGUCCCGGGGGCCGCGGUCCUGGCUGCAACAACCGUCACACACGAGGUCCCCGCCUGCUUACCAAGAGCUCGCUCUGCAUCGCGAGACACGACCGUCAGCUUGCGACGUCUCCAACAAUGUGUCACCCGCCGGCGCCGAACGGACCAGGCUGCAAGGAGGAGGAAGGAAGCUAAGAUGGCGGAAUUUUUUUUUGCCUCUGGCCAUGUUCGAGUGCAGGAAUUACUAACAGUAUAGAGUGUAGGCGUAGUUUAUAUUCCCGAGGGGAGCGGCGGGGUGAUAACCUCUUUUCCUUCUGUUUGUUGUUGGGAAUUAGGGAAUAUUUUUAGGAUUUCUUAAUCAUUCUGAAGGGGUAUCCGCCACACCGUGCAUCUAUAUUGUCAGGAUAUGAUAUUUUCAGUGAUGUACACAGUUGAGAGAAACUACCGUACCCUUGCCACGAUGCGCUCAAGUAGAGAACCAGGACAGCCGCGACGAAGAGCCGGAGGACGCUAUCUGCCCGCGCGGACAGCUUCCGCCGAUAAGCGCGGGCCGCGGAUGUCCGGGGGGCUGCGGCCUGGGGCCCGGGGACGGCAGAUGGCGCUCGCGUGCUGCACGCUGCUGGCGGCGGCGCUGGCCGAGCCCCUGGCCGCCCCCCUGGCCGCCUCCCUGCCGCCCCCGAGCCCCAGGCCGCAGUUCCCCGGCGUCCCGGACAAGAUCAUCGUGACGCCCACCUCCUGCCGCGGCGGCUACAAGAAGGACCGGCGCGGCGUGUGCAGGAAGAUGCUGCGCAGACCCGCCGCUGAUAGUAGCGGCAAAUCACAGAAGAUAGUGGCGAAACCCAAACGCAAGAAUGAGAAGCAAAAGAAGGCAAUCGGAAAAGAAACAAAGUCUCCUUAAAGACAUGACAUCUUGCCUCGUGGGCUUUGUCGUCAACUACAAACGGACCAAAUAUCAUUUCAUGUUUCACAGUUCAUUACUGCAAAUAAAUUAGCUAAAUUCUACAUAGAUGGUGGUGUCUUUUUAUUACUCUUAUUUCUGUGAAAUAUUUAUCUUAAAAACCUGAAUAGUUUCUAUAAAAUGGAGGGUGAACAAAGAGUAAUGAGUUGCGUGACGGAAGCCUGUGAUUGGCUGCUGGAAACAGGAGAGACAUGUGUUUGCUCGCCCUCCUCUCAACUCAUUGGAGAUAAACAAUGUUCAUCUCUGCUAGUGUCCACUGUUUGGUACACACCCAGUUAUGGAUGGUUCACGUUGAAUAGAACAUCUUUAUAAGCCCUUCUUAUUCUAUUCUUACAUCGCUUACUUGAAUUAAAAAAACAUGGAUCUAUCGACUGAACUCGUGUACCUAGCAGAUUAGAAAAUAAAGUUCAGUCACUCACGGCUUUUGCAGUCAUAUUUUACACACAAUCGUUGAUAUUCGUAUGAGAACGUUUAGUUAAAAUACAUUACUAAUUAUCGGUAUUUGAAAACAAACCAAUUACGUUAAACACAAAUAUUAUUAAGGUACCUCAAAAGUCAUACCAUCGACAUCUGAUUAGACUAAAAUUCCUCAUUUGUAAGAAGCCUUCCAUGCAAGAAACCAAACUUCCGUCGGUGAAACCUUCAGCCGUGACUAGCGCCGUGCUCCGAGUUUGUUGUCAGUUUGACCAGUGGCGUAGCAAGCGGGUGGCAGGGGUGGCCCCCGCCAGGGGCGCCGGUCACCUUAGCUACGCCACUGCCUGGCUCACGUGCGGACACGUGAGUGCGGACGAGUGGCGGGAGCGCAGCCCGAGGUCGCGCGGUGUGUGGUUGUCUCCGGUCCGGCGGAGCGCGGCGGCGCGGUGCGGGCCAGACCGCGGCAUGGGGCGGUCGUGCGCGGUGCUGCCGGUGCUACUGGUGCUGCUGGUGCUGCUGGUGCUGUGCGCCGUGGCCGCGGUGCUGCCCGGUGCUGCCUCGCCGAGGCUGUCCCCCGGCGCCACGCGGGCCACGCCCCUCAAGACCAAGGCCCGCAAGCCGCCCCGGGCCACCUCCAAGUCGCCGUCGGGCGGUGGAGGCGGCGGCAAGGCGGGCCCGGCCAGCACCAGCAAGCCCGCCUCCAGCACUGCCAGCUCCCAGGCGCAACCGGCGCCCGGGGGCGGCUUCUCCCCCGCCUCCGGCCUCAGCGCCGCCUCCCGCGCCAGGCACUGGACAAACAACAGCACGGAGUCUCCAGAAGAAAAGAAAAAGGAGACAAUUUAGCUGCUUGGGAAGGCCUUCUGUAUUCUAAGAACAUACUGUAGUCUGUGUUAUGUAACUCGUCUCGACACUGAUAGUUCUUGCAAGUAGUACCAAUUACAUGGCAGUGAUCAACCUAGACUUCACAUGGGCCUUACGUAGGGCUUGGUAAUAUGGAAUAUCCCCAGAGGAAAGGGGAUACCCUGGAAAAUUUGAAAAGCAAUUUCUUUAAAACUACCUUCCCAAUCCAAACUGGAAUUUAAAUUUCGACAAUGGUUUCGCUCAUUUAUCUUAAGAAAUAUUGAUGUUCUUUCUUGGCAAAUUAUACUCAGGUUAGUUUUAUAAAAGCUAACAAUCAACUUCUGAUGAAACUGUAUCAUUACAUGAGACACUAAAAUAUUUGUUUUAGUACAAAAACUAAAUGUAUUUACCAGCACCUUAAAACACAUACUAAUGAAAAUUUAAUUCUUAAAUGAGUGCCGCUCCUAGUAUCUACCCUCGACAACUUUCUCAUUUGAGUCAAGUUACAUGGCACAGACUUUAAUUCACUUUACAUUGUGCAUCAAUUUCAACAUUGUUUAAGAUUUUGGAUUUUUAUAUCCUAUAUAACUUACUCUGCAAUUUAAUUUUUAAACAAACUACUUCCUUAUGAAGUACUAGAUCAGAAUGAUGCAAAAGUCACAAGCUUUGAAGAGGAAAUACUUCAAGAACAAUGUAAGCUACUAGGAGAAUGUGAUGUAACUCAGAACUCCCCACUGAUGUGUCUUUCAGCACCUUAUUCUUAGUUUUGCAUUUAAACUGAAAAAUGGUUUAUAUAUAUAUAUAUAUUUUUUUUUUUUUGCAUGACAAUUACUUAAUGUCAUGUACAAAAACCAAUAACUUUUAAUGCUUCAUCACAAAUACAAUCUAUGUGUCUUGGUAGUUUCCUCAGGCAGCAAAAACUGUAAUUUAUACUUAGUUCCGACAAACGUUUUGCUAAACACCAAGCUACAAACCUGCGCAAGCCUGCAUUCAGAACACAAUCAGAUUAAAAAAUAUUUUUUCACAUCAUGAAUAUAAUCUAUAGGGGAGACUUAUCUCACAAGUAUAUAAGAAUAGAAUUCAAUAAAAUUAAAAUAAAAAAUUGAGCAUUUGA